AAAAAUAUAGUUAAGGUCCCCGCCGCCGAGACCAAGAUGGCCGCAAGACUCGGCGCCUUCCUCAAGAAUGCUUGGGCCAAGGAGCCAGUACUGGUCGUGUCCUUCUUCAUCGGGACCCUUGCUGUAAUUCUGCCCCCAAUCAGCCCCUACUUCAAGUACUCUGUCAUGAUCAACAAGGCCACACCCUACAACUACCCAGUGCCUGUCCGCGAUGAUGGGAACAUGCCCGACAUACCCAGCCACCCCCAGGACCCCCAGGGGCCCAGCCUGGAGUGGCUGAAGAACCUGUGAGCACCUCCACUGACCAAGGCCGGCCCUCUCUCGGCUCCCAAUAAAAAUGUGAAAACCAAAAAAAAAAAAAA